AUGAUGCACAAGUUAUUGAUUGUCAGUGCCUUGUUGGCAGUUGCCUCAGCAGUUCUCCUCCCAGCACCCGUAUAUCCUUCGUAUGCCGGAGUAUUACCAGCCAUAGGAAAAAUUGCCAAAGUAGUUGGUCCCGAGCCAUAUGAUACAAAACCUCAAUACAGUUAUAGCUAUGAUGUCAAUGAUCCCACAACCGGUGAUGUUAAGAGUCAGCAAGAAACACGUGAUGGUGACAACACCAAGGGUGCCUACUCUUUGAUUGAACCUGAUGGUACCCGUCUUUUGAUAAUGAUUCUCAGUGCCUUGAUUGCAGUUGCCUCAGCAGUUGUCCUGCCUGCUCCCAUAUAUCCUGCCUAUGCCGGGGUCUUGCCUGCCAUAGGAAAAAUUGCCAAAGUAGUUGGUCCUGAGCCAUAUGAUGCAAAGCCUCAAUACAGUUAUAGCUACGAUGUCAAUGAUCCAAAAACCGGUGACAUUAAGAGCCAACAAGAAACACGUGAUGGUGACAACACCAAAGGUGCCUACUCCCUAAUUGAACCCGAUGGUACCCGCCUUUUGGUUGAGUAUACUGUAGAUCCCAUUGGUGGUUUUAAUGCUGUCGUUCAACGUGAAGGUGCUGCCAAGGUGGCUAAAGUUUUAGCGCCAGUAGCGAAGAUUUUGACACCUGCCCCCCUAUAUCAGUCACCAAUUCUGGCUAAGCCUCUAUUACAAAAGCCACUUCUUUUGCAAGGUUUACCAUCCUUGCCGACCUAUCCAGCUUUGGGUUCGUACCGCAUUUAA